UAUUUCGUGCACAGAGAGAGAAAGGAAUCACUUUUCUUUCAAAAUGAGUGAAGUUUCCCUUUUAGACCUUGACGACUACAGUCUGCUUCGCGUGAUAAAAUAUUUGAGUGACGAAAGUCUUUUCACUUUAACGCACAUUUGCUCGAGACUACGGCAAAUGGUCAGGAAGUCGCCAAUAAAGUACAAGUAUAUAAACACUUUUCAAAAGAGUACUCUAGAAUGUCUCGUGUCUAUCGGUAGUUGUAGGGAAUUAUAUGUUUAUGGUAACAGUUCUGAUUCAGUGUUGGACAUGCUUAUCAACAACAUAGGACACAUGACUAAGCUAGAGAAGUUGGAGUUGGGUUGCUGCGUUAGCAAAAAGUGUUCUGAAUCUGUCUGCGACUCAAUUAUAUACGCUGCUAGACACUUGCCGGAUUUGAGAGUCUUGAUUAUUCGUGAAAAUGGAAAUACUCAGAACAUCCGAUUCUUAACACACCUGGAAGCGCUUACAUUGCACACACCAAUAUUUGACAAAGAUUUGAUCGAAUGCUGCAAAUCAAAUAAAAAUCUUAAAAAAUUGGAUAUAAACUAUUAUUUUUAUAAAGACGGACAGUUUGAUGGCAUUGAAGAACAUUGUCAAAAUGUCGAACAUCUGGUAAUAAGUUUAGGGGAACAAUGGAAUCGCACCCCACUUGCCAGCUUGCCAAAACUGAAUUAUUUGCUUAUACAUAAUGGACUCCCAAGAGAAACGUUUAAUUUUUUGUCCUCAAUCAGUGCUGAAACACUAGGACAAAUGGAAUUUCUUCAAAUCUGUACUGAGUGUGCUGUUAAACUUCAAUCGGCCCAAAUCAUUGCCAGAAUGAAAGCCCUAAAACAAUUGAAUUGUCGAUUUGAUGAUGUCGGAUCUCUGGAAUUGAUGGCUCAACUUACGGAGCUGAGAAGAUUUUAUCUCAACUUGAGAGGUGUCAUGGAAAAUGCCACCAGAACACAUCUAUAUAAAAUAAUAGAAGCUAAUCCGCAACUGGAAUGUGUGUUCAUACCGGAAUUUAUGUUUCUAGAUAAAUGCUUUAUUCUUGGAGUUAUUAAAAUACUGCGAUCUGUUAGAGAUCUGAGUGUGCAGAAGCCGCUAAUAUUCUUCAUUGACUUUGACCAAUUUUCGGAUGAAAUAAAACUAAUUGAAUCAAAUUACAUUGAAUUAAUUUCCUCGGAUGAUGAUUGCUAUUAUGAAACUUUCUGGUUUAAUAUCGACUGCGAUUUAUAACGAUUUAUUUCGUAUAAUGGAGUUAUGAAAAUGUACUUUUCAAUGUCAUAUGUUUUUUGAUAAUGAUAGGUUCAUUUUUUAUACAUAUAGUAUGUACUCUAUAAACGUGUAUGUAUAUAUAAUAUCGAUAAAUUACAUUUAGUUAUAAAAGGAAUGCGCCUUAUCGCAUACGAACAAUAUUUGCCGAUAUUUCAGCUUCAAUACAUUUUGCAAGAAAUAUGUUUUGAGUUUUAAGUUGAUAUGACCUGUAUGUUAUAUUUGUAUUUUAU